CGCCUUGUCGUUUACGUGUGGGACAGGGAAGGUCUAAAGCUGGAGCGGGGGGCAACAUGCAGAAGCGAUGAGGUGUCUGAAGUGCGGCACAGGGGAGGGUUGAGAACGGAGGCAGCGGGAAGAGGUGUGGCCUUAGCGUGUGCCCCGCAGCGGGACAGGCAGAUGCCUGCGGCGGAGAGAUGCGCAGCGAGAGCAGCGGGUCCCGUCCCCGGGCUUUGCCCGGGGGUGUUCGCCGCCGCUGCCGCCUCCUACGCGCGUAGGGGCUGAGCCGGGCCCGGCCCCUCCUCCCCGGAGGACGGCCCCUCCCGGCUCCCGCCCCUCUGGCCCGGCAGCUGGACCCGGGCCACUCGCAUGGGGCUGGGCGGUGGAGCCAGCCGGGCGCCCCGCGGACGCCGACGGAGCCGGGGAGGAUGCUUGCGGCCGCGGCCCUGUGCGCUGCCACGCUGGGCUGGGCUGCGGGGGCACGGCUGCUCAGCGCAAUGGACAUAUCCCUGAUAAGAGGACAGACAGUUUGCCGGGGUGGAACACAGCAACCAUGCUACAAAAUAGUUUAUUUUCAUGAUGCUUCACGCAGGAUCAGCUAUGAAGAAGCACACCUUGCCUGCAGAGCUGAUGGCGGACAUCUAGUCAGUAUUGAAACAGAAGCAGAGCAAAGACUGAUUGAAAAAUUUAUUGAGAGUCUCUUAGCUUCUGAUGGAGAUUUUUGGAUAGGGCUUAGGAGGAAAAAGGAGGAGGUAGACAAUAGUGCAGAGUGUCAGAACCUCUACUCCUGGUCAGAUGGCAGCUCAUCCAAGUUCUGGAACUGGUAUGUCGAUGAGCCAUCCUGUGGGAGUGAAAUCUGUGUUGUGAUGUACCACCAGCCAUCUGCCCCACCAGGUGUCGGAGGUCCUUACAUGUUUCAAUGGAAUGAUGACAGAUGCAACAUGAAAAAUAACUUCAUUUGCAAAUAUUCUCUUGAGAAGCCAAUGAAUGCUCCAAUAGAGAAUUCUCAAAGAGAUGUUGCAACAGAGCCCUUGAAUCCAGUAUUCCCAGAACACCACCGUAAGAAAGAUGCUAAUCUAACAGUUGUAGAAGCCAAAGAACCUGUUCAGAGUCUUGCCUACAUCCUUAUUCCCAGCAUUCCUUUGCUGCUUCUCCUGAUGGUCAUUACAGCCAUCUUCUGGUUCUGGCUUUUUGCGAAGAGGAGACAGGAGCAACUAGAUGCAAGCCCAAAGGAGGAAGAUGCAUGGCUGUCUAACCCCAGGAGGAACAGUCCAAAUCUGGAUAUUUACAAAGUAAUCAAGAAGCAAUCAGAAGCAGAUCUGGCUGGAACCAGGCCUGGCGCUAAGAAUUCUUCCUUCCGUACACAGGGAGAUAAAGUGCUUGACGGCCUCUCCAGGGAUUAUGAUGAUGCAGCAAUGAAUACAUCAACAAGCGGCUUUGUGACAUUGGCCGGUACUGAAAGUGGCUUUGUGACCAAUGAUAUCUAUGAGCUGUGUGGAGACCGUGUGGGGAGGAGCAAGGAAUCAGGCUGGGUGGAGAAUGAGAUUUAUGGGUACUAAGGAAAUGGACAAAAAAAGCCUGGAAUGUGGAUGACAGUGAAUAUCAGUACAAGUUAACCUGCCCUCCCUAUGCACUUGUUUUAAUGAUAGUGUAUGUGAUUAUCCUGGUUUUGCAUUGUCCCUAUAUUCUUCUCUUUUUUUGAAAGAAUGUGGGUUUUUAAAGAUCCAGACUGAAAAGAAUGUAUAUAUUUUGCUUUGCAUCAAGCCCCCUUUUGCCCCAGAAAUGGCUUGUUAAUACUCUUGGUUCUUUUUUGUACUCCAAAGAUAUGCCUUUGAAACUAAAGGACAAUCCAAAA